AUGGCGCCCAACCUUAAAAUGAUGGGCGUGACGCUCACUCUGGCGAUCACCACGCGCUCCGUGCUGGACACCGAAAACUCCUAUGAAGCAGCAGGGUCACUUGACGCCGAGGUGACGCUGCCUCCAGAGCCUCGUCUCCUUGAGAUUCCAUGCCAGAGGGGGAAAUUCGCCUUCUGAUUCCGUUUCGUUUUGUGUUUGGCAACGAAGUUUACCGUCCUGAAAACGAGGAACAAAACGAAAAUUCCUGAGAUUUUCUCAGGAAUUCUCAAACUGCUUAAGUGCUCUAUUGAAAAUAACUCAACAAGUAACAACACCAAACGACAGAAUUUUUAACGA